AUGGGACAAGGCGAUAGAGAGGCGGUGACGAGCACAAUUCAAGACCGAUUCCGCACACCGAAUAAGCCUGCGUCGGCGAGCAAGUUGAAGCGAGCGCCGGCUCGACUGGGCUCCUUCGCGAAUACAUCAGGCCCGACUUCAACUUCGACUCGCUCGACGGAUUCGACACUAUCAUUCAGUAAUUCCUCCACGGAUCAAACGACGUUGACACAAAUCGACUUUGUGACGGUAUCUCAGCAAGAUGAGUCUGAUGAAGAUUUCAAUUACAUCGAUGACUCUGAAAAGAACGCCCGUGAGGUGAUUGAGAUCGAGGACGAUGAUGAUGAACAAGGCAACAACCGCAAUGUGGACUACAGACCACCAUCUACUUCGCGAGCUAAAAAAGGCCGUCGCGUCAAAUCUGAUCCCGCCCCUUUAAGGCAGGAAAAUGUCUCUAUCCAGGGUGGGGGGCCCUCAGGUAAAGGGCGCAGGAAAAGUGGCAAUAUGAAAGACAAGCCCCCCCAAAAGGAUGACAGGACUUUGACGCAAAUGAACUAUGUGCAGCGAGUACUGGUUGAACCUGACGAAGAUGUGAAGCUGGAAUACGCAUAUAUAACUCCGAAAAAGAAGCACCCUAAACGCCAAACGGCCAAUACGGACAAAGCCGAUGCCUUGCCGCUACAGGGGACAUACAUUUCUGAACCUUCAAGCAAGCAAAAGAGGAGAAAGUUAAGCCCCAGCUCUGAGGGAAAGGGCCUACAUGAAACGGAAGGCAAUUUGCAGAAGAAAGUUCAAGGCUCCCCAGUCACACCACGAAAGUCCACAAGAACCGAAAUACCCUCCUCGCAGUCGCCCGAUAGUCCUGGUAUAGCGUUCAUCACAUCUUCUCAAUUCCGCAGCGCAACUCGAUCGCCUAAAGCACGAGCCUUGAAAUCCCCUAAUGAACCCUUUAUCAAAGAGGAAUCACGAGGCCCGAUUGACCAAAGGGAUCCGUCUAGGAGUCCACAAAUUGCGUGUGCCGAUGGGAAGCCUUCACUUGGCCACUUAAUUUCACCGUGCUUGCCACCGUCUCGAUUGGAUACGGCUAAGGAUACAACAGAAUCCAAUGAGCCUCCCAGUCUUCCCAGUGAUACUGCCACGAAUACACCCGAUUCCAGACAACACCCGGGUCCAUUGCAACGAACAGUUGUGUAUGAGACUGAUGCAGAGUCAGAUGAUGGCGACUCAGGCGACGAAUUGCUAGAUUUUCCGAGCUCAUUCAGGAACGGAAAUGCUUCUAACGCCAACUAUGAAACGCAAUCUGAAGAUGACUCUAAUCCCCCCAAUACUGAGUCUCAAGAACUCCCGGCCCCACCACUACCCGACCAAGGAAUGGACUCCGGGUCUUAUCCCCCCGAGUCGAAUCUUCUAUCCGACGCAUCAAUAUGUUACCAGAGACUCCACCCUGCCACCCAAUUUCCACUCGAACCUGUACCUACGAUCAAUACGCAAAAAAUGGCCGAGCUAUUCCCGAAUGAAUCUAAUGGCCUGCACACUCUGACACCGUCUCCCUCAUCGUCACCAAUGAAAGCUCGUCCGGAGUCUAAGCGCCAAAUGGUGUGCCAGACCCAAUAUACGGACGAAUACCAAGCAGAAUCUCAAGAUGCGAACGAAAUACCUACGGAGGUCAUUCCCGGAUCUUCACCAGUUGCACGCGAUGACGACGGUACAUCCAUGAAAAGGCGUGCCCCCGCCGCUUUGGAUGCCGUGGUGCAAGUUGAGUCUUCACAAGCAGUAGACCGCGCUCAUAGACAGAGAACAGUAGGCCAGGAUUCUGCGCCGCGAGGGAUGUUGACCAGAAGCCAAAUCUUGACAUCCAGCGUCAUGGAGAGUGUUCCCUUACCGUUCUGGAUGAGUAGUCAGGACAGUUUAGGGGAGCCGUACAGCUUACCAGAUACAUAA